CACAGACACAAGUAUAUUUACACACAGAUAUUUCAAAUAUAAGUUUAUUUACACAAAGACAUUUCAAAUAAUAUAAGUUUAUUUACACACAGACAUAACAUUUUGAACACAAACAAUAUUAUUUCCACUUCACGAACACACAGACGAUAUUAUACACUACACAAAUACAGAGAAUUGUCUGUGAAGAACAAACAUAUAUUUAAGUUAAAACCCAAUGAAAUCAACAACACAAACUCAUACCAAGCUUAGGGACGUCGUCCAUGGCAGGAAUCGCCGGUUCUCCGUCAAGUUCAGCCACUGCCGCCGGUUCUCCGUCAACUUCAGCCGCCGCCGCCAGUUCACCCUCAAUCUCAGCCGCCGCCGGUUCUUCGCCAUUUUCAGCCCAAAAAUCGUCCACAGUAGUAUCAAUGAUCAUUUCAUUCACAAAGCCACCAAAACCCAUUGAUUUUGAAGAGAAGAAUAAAGAAACAAAUCUGGGGUUGUAUGGGUUGAGCUGCUGCGGGAAGAAGAAAGAAAGAAUCAAGUGGGAAGAGAGGAGAGAGUCUGGGGGUUGUUUCUCACAUGAGGGAGGGGAGGGGUUAAAAAAAUGGUAAAUUUUUAAGUUAUUUAUAGUGUGUGUGUGUGUAUGAAAAGU